UUCACAGUUACCUCAGAAUAGAAAUCAAUCAGAAAUGGAUCCUGUUGAACAUCUGAGACUGAAAGUCCAUAACCUUGAGGAAAAAAAUUUGGAAUUAAACAAUCAACACAAUCAAGAGGUCUCUCACUGUGAAAAAGAAGUAAUGAAUUUAAGGUCGGAACUCGAGAAAGGAGAGGUUCUUCGCCGAGAUCUUCAGAGUGAGAUGUCGUUAGCUAGAAAGAUGUCUGAAAUACAGCUGUAUUCUGCAGAGGACAAGCUAUCUGAUGUAAAAAGCAAACUUUUGGAACUGCAAGCACUCAAUGACAAAUACCAGCAGAAAGAAGCAGAGACUGCGGAAAUGAUUCAAAGUUCUCAGUGGCAGUGGCAAGAGGAACAGCGAAGAUUUGCAGUGGAUAGAGAUAACAUCCUCAGAGAAUACCUCGGUAGAAUGGAAUUCCUUAUUAAAGAAAAAGCUGAAAGAGAAAGGGCUUGUAAGGAGACAAAUGCUGCCCUGAACAGCAUUGCCAGGAAGUUGAGGGAUAUGGAGGCAGAACAGGAUGCCUGCAGCAAGAUUGUGAAGCUCCAGGCCAAGUGUCUGGAUUUCAAGAAUACACGACAGGAGUAUCUCAUCAAAGAACUGGAGGCAGAGACAGUGAAAAUAAAGAAACUGGAGGAAGAUGCUGCAGCAGCAAGAUUAGCACAUAUGCAAUGUAAAUCUGCUACAGAAAUCAUGCAGUUGAGAAUUCAAGAACUUGAAGGCGCUUUGAAUGAAGAGCAACGCGGCAGGAGAGAAGCUUUUUCAGGGGUAUCAAGAAAAGAUUUCAGAGAGUCAGAAAAUGCACAUGAGAGAGGAAAAAAAGUGUAA